GAACACAGCCCAGGACUAGGAUUACUUUCAGUAUCAUUUCCUGAACACUGGACUCUUCAUGGGAAGUCCUGCCCCCAGAGUAAAUAACACACACACACACACAGGCAGCAAAGCUUGUAGAUCAUCAAAUCAACUUCUCACACGGAUCUACAGGGACAUCGAGCACCAGAAAAAUAGAGAUUACAUUUAUUUAAAAACACCAGGGGUACCAUGGUUCGAACAUUGACAUUGAACAAUAUGGAGGAGCUUAGAAAUUCUUCGUUUGGUCGUCCCUCACCCAGGCACGGACUCAAGCUCCUUUUCUGGUUCGCCAAAGAUCACAUCGCCAUCAGAAAUGGCAACCAGAUGUUUGCAAAUUACGACCCCAAAGAGGGAGACUUUGGAUUCCAUCACUUCCAGAACAGACGUGAAAACAAUGACUGCAAGAGGCUGCUUCCUUAUAGUGAGUACCCAUUCUAUGAGGUGGGCAACCUCCACCUCCCAACAUCUAAAUCAUUGCCUAAAUAUGUCCGUGAGGGCAACACUCAUCAGAUAGAUGACAGCAACAUGGACCGUCUCGUCAUCAGUAUACGUCCAGACAUGACAGUGGAUAAGGUCUAUGUGACCCAGCACGAGGACCUGAAGAGCUUCGACCCGGUCAACACAUAUUGCAUCAGCAGGAGUUUGCUCAUGAUCAUACGUCGCCGUUCAUUGAGUAACUUCCUGGAACAGGCGGGCUAUUAUACCCAAAAUGUAAACGCCCCCAGGGAGUCUGGGGAUGCCAGGAUUGAUAUGGAAGGUGGAUGCAGAGCUCCACCCAGCGUUGCACCCAGAGCUGCACCAGGCUUCUGGGAAAGAAACUGUACCAUACUGUAACCAGGCUUCUGGGAAAGCUACUGUACCAUACUGUAACCAGGCUUCUGGGAAAGCUACUGUACCAUACUGUAACCAGGCUUCUGGGAAAGCUACUGUACCAUACUGUAACCAGGCUUCUAGGAAAGCUACUGUACCAUACUGUAGAUCAGUGUCCUUUAGUCCUGGUCCUGGGGACCCUGAAGGGGGGAACUUUUUAGUUUAUUACCCCAGCACAUUGCUGUUCAUUAUGGUAUGUUAAUUUUCACUAAUACAUUUAGUCGUUUAUCAGACACUCUUAUCCAGAGUGAGUUCAGUGCAUUAAACUAUAGGCAGAUAAACAACAACAUCCUGUAUCACAUAGGAAGUCAACUGUUUCUGUUACCAUUACUGAGAGGGUUGUUGCUGUUGGGGUCUGCUAUUGGCUAAUGUACUUCUGUAUGUUAAAAUACAAACUACAUGCAUUUUAAUUAAAUACACUUGAAAAUACACGUAAUUUGUCGUUUAUUUUUCAAACAUUGAUCUUUAUGUUAUUUUGUAUUUUAACAUUUUCCCUCUUUCCCUUGUUGUGAUCAAUGUAGUUUCCUCUUCACUUCAACCCAAAACAUGUGAUGACAUUAAAUCAAUGUAGUUUCCUCUUCACUUCAACCCAAAACAUGUGAUGACAUUAAAUCAAUGUAGUUUCCUCUUCACUUCAACCCAAAACAUGUGGUGACAUUAAAUCAAUGUGGAAAAGGCUGAUUGGAUUUGCAAGUCAACUACAUAAGACCAUUUCAUCUAGUGGCCGACAAUGAAUGCAACAAGUAAUCAUUCUCUAAUUCUUUAGUGGCUAAUUCAUUGAGUCUAUAUACCAACUCUAUACACCAAUGAAUGCAACAAGUAGUCAUUCUCUAAUUCUUUAGUGGCUAAUUCAUUGAGUCUAUAUACCAACUCUAUACACCAAUGAAUGCAACAAGUAGUCAUUCUCUAAUUCUUUAGUGGCUAAUUCAUUGAGUCUAUAUACCAACUCUAUACACCAAUGAAUGCAACAAGUAGUCAUUCUCUA